ACACCGAAGAAAAAGAAAAGGCAGGCGCGGCGGAGUCGAUGGUUUGCUGAUGUGUUUAUGCCGCGAGUUUUAUUUUUCAGCUGUCAGACGGUUACCUCUGAGCGAAUAGCUUAAAACUGGUGCUUACAAAUUACAUUUCAAUAGCAGCUUACCUCCAAUUUGUGACUUUCCUGUUUGCCAGCAUCUUUGUAGAUUUCUUAAAAGUCUUCAGUUUGGUUUGUCAACAGUUCCUGCAUAAGAAAAUGUCCGUGGAUACAGAGGAAACCCACCAGAGAUUAAAAGCUGCAGUGCAUUACACAGUGGGUCGUCUCUGCCAGAAGAUCGGUGAGGACCACCGGAGGCAAUUCAGUCGGCAAGCCAUAGCAGCAAUAGCCGAGACGACAUUCAGACAAUGUGAUAUAUUUGCAAAAGACCUGGAGGCCUUUGCAAGGCAUGCUAAAAGAAGCACAGUGUCUGUAGAUGAUGUGAAACUCGUAGCCCGCCGCAGUACUGCUUUGUCCAUCUACAUACAAAAUAAAAGUGAAGAACUGACCCAGGAGCACUUGGGUUUGAAAAAGAAGACUACUGGAAAGAGGAAGAGCAUAGAAACUGAGAAAAGCAGAGAAUAAGGACAGGACACAGGCAAGCCUGAAGACGAAGAC